UAAUAAUGCAUCGGGAGGAUUUCUCUGCGCAAGAAAGAUUGCACUAUCUGUCUAGAUGAUGAGGUGGGCACAUUAGGUACAACAAUUUGUAUACUCAAAUUAGGACUGGCAUAAGUCAAUAGGAUCCCCUUUAUCAAAAAAAAAAAGUAUGACUGUCUUGGCCUAAUCUAUGCAUCAUUGGGCAGUUGGCAGUGACGAAUGCUUACAACUAAAUUACUACACAGCAAUGAAUUAAUACUAAGCAGCUCGCCAGUCUCUUUCACAAGACUAAGCACACCAUCGCAGCUCGCCGCCUUUGUUGAAUAGGCUGUUUGUUUUACCCUGCAUUUUUUCUAUACUAGAGAAGCAGAGGAGGGGGACUAGUUUCUACCACCUAGUGUUGUCUCUCUGGGUAUCCAUCCAGUGCUUUAUGUGCUCUCUUGCUUGUAUCCAGUAGGCAGGUAAGGCAUCAGGAAUUCAAGAAGAGAAUUUGAAGAUAUUGUUCGCCCUAUUCUCUCCCGUUGAUCGCGAUGGUCCGGUGGAGAUAGGAAACAGUUUGUGGAUCUGUGCUAACACGCACCGUGCCUCUCUCCUCUUGCAGCACGCUCAUCAGUGCCUUAUCAGUUUAGUUACUGACCCAUAUUCAGGUGAUGGCAGCAUGGUUUUAUUCUUGGUGAUUUGAUUGAUUUUCUUCUCUUCUCUAUUUUUAUCCUGGCCUGCGCUCAACCUUGUGAGGUCUUGAAAGCAGUGAUGGGUUGAUCGAAGCAAACCGUGUCUUCAAGGUCAUCAAUAUUGAUUCCUACUGUCGAUGGUUUUUUCCCUGUUGGAAGACUGCUUUCUAAGGUCAACCUGAUGUUUUUGGUGGGCCUCCUGAGCUGAGUUUCUCAGAGCAAUGGCAACCAUACUAGAAUCUUUGCUUGGGUCAUGUGCCAAUAAGUUGCAAAAUAUUAUUAGUGAUGAGGCCAUACUAAUCCUAGGGGUGGAAGAAGAGCUUGCAGAAGUGUUGAGACGGGUAGAACUAAUACGUUGUUGUAUAUAUGAUGCUGAGAAAAGGAGGACAAAAGAGCUUGCAGUGAACAAUUGGCUUGGUCAACUGAGAGAUGUUAUAUAUGAUGUUGAUGAAAUUUUGGACAUGGCUAGAUGCAAAGGAAGCAAACUACUGCCUGACCAUCCAUUAUCAUCAAGCAAAUCAGCUUCCUAUAAAGGACUUUCAGUUUCCUCUUGCUUUUGUAACAUCGGGUCACGCCACGAUAUUGCUGUUCGGAUUAGAAGUCUGAACAAAAGGAUAGAGAACAUUUCAAAAGAUACAACAUUUUUAACAUUCAGCAGUAGUUCACAACCUACUGGAAAUGGUCCAACAACCAAAUUGAUAAGAAGUUCCAACCUUGUUGAGCCCAACCUUGUGGGUAAGGAGAUCAUAUAUUCAAGCAAGAAGUUGGUAGACUUAGCACUUGCUCACAAGGCAAAUAAGUCUUAUAAGCUUGCUAUUGUUGGAACAGGAGGAGUUGGUAAGACAACACUAGCUCAGAAAAUAUUCAAUGACCAAAAAAUAAAAGGAAGCUUCAAGCUACAGGCAUGGAUUUGUGUUUCGCGGGACUACAAUGAAAUAACUGUUCUAAAAGAGGUUCUUCGAAAUAUUGGUGUGUAUCAUGAGCAAGGCGAAACCAUAGCAGAACUGCAGAGAAAGCUUGCAGAAACAGUUGAAGGGAAGAGUUUCUUUCUGGUUUUAGAUGACGUGUGGCAUCCCAAUGUCUGGAUGGAUUUAUUAAGAACCCCAUUCCAUACAACAAAUUCUGGAGUAAUAUUGGUAACCACGCGAGAUGAUCAAAUUGCAAUGAGAAUAGGCAUACAACAUACCCAUCAAGUUGAUCUCAUGUCAGCAGAGGUGGGAUGGGAGCUACUUUGGAAGAGCAUGAACAUUGCCGAAGAGAAAGAAGUGCAUAAUUUGAGAAACACAGGCAAGGAGAUUGUUGAUAAAUGUGUUCGCCUCCCUCUUGCAAUUAAGGUUACUGCUAGUGCUUUGGCAAGCAAAGAUCUAACCGAGAAUGAGUGGAGAAAGUUUUUAGGCAAAUACUCUGGCUCCCAGGGGAUGCUCUCUGAUGAAAUAGAAGGCACUCUAUACCUAAGCUAUGAUGAGUUACCGCAUCGUCUGAAACAGUGUUUCCUUUACUGUGCUUUGUAUACUGAAGAUUCUAUCAUUUACCGUGGUGUAGUUACAAAGUUAUGGAUUGCUGAAGGCUUCAUUGAGGAGCAACAAGGCCAGCUACUAGAACACACAGCAGAAGAGUACUACUAUGAGCUAAUCCAUCGGAAUCUCCUCCAACCAGAUGGCACAAUUUUUAACCAGGCUCAAUGCAGAAUGCAUGACCUCUUAAGACAGCUUGCUUGCAAAUUAUCACGGGACGAAUGCUUUAUUGGAGACGCUGAAACAUUGAGGGGUGAGAAUAUGUCAAAAUUGCGACGCCUUUCUGUUGUCAAUAAGAAGGAUAAAUUAGUGUUAACUAGCAUGGAUAACAUGGUAGUUAAGGUGAGGACAUUCCUUGCUUUUUAUGGUCCAUGGAAAAUUGAGGAUACAUUCUUCAAGAGAUUUCUACUUCUUCGUGUUCUGGCCCUGAAUUACUCAAUUGUGCAAAACAUUCCAGAUUAUAUAGGAAAAUUGAUCCAUCUACGCCUACUUGAUCUUGGUCAUACGGGCAUAUCUCAUCUUCCAGAAUCCAUUGGAUCCCUAAAGAACCUUCAAGUAUUGAGCUUGAUAAAUUGUUAUGCUCUGCAGAGUCUUCCGUCGGCGAUGACCCAAUUGUGCAAUCUACGAUGUCUUCGUCUUACUGGUACAAAAGUAAAUCAGGUUCCAAAAGGGAUAGGAGAAUUAAAUUUGCUCACUGAAUUACGCGGAUUUCUUGUCGGCGACAUAAGUGAUAAUGCUGAUGUACAAGAUGGGUGGAAGUUGGAAGAGUUGUCUUCUUUGCCGCAAAUGAUGUAUCUUAAUCUUGUUAAAUUGGAAAGAACGGCUCAUUUUCAUACAAAUGUAGUGCUGGAGGACAAAAAACAUCUAAAAGAAUUGGUGCUAGAGUGGACCACACAUGGAGAGGGACCAUAUUCAGAAGAUGUUUGCAAUGCUGAGAAGGUCUUUGAGCUGCUAGUACCUCCAUGCAACUUGGAAACCCUCUAUAUCUUUGGAUUCUUUGGUCAGAGGUAUCCCACGUGGUUUGGUACCACCUGUUUGUCUUCAGUAACACACUUGUUCCUAAAAAAUCUACAAUCAUGCGUGGAUCUUCCACCGGUCGGACAGCUACCAAACUUGAAGUUUCUGAGAAUUGAUGGAGCACAUGUAGUUACCAAGGUUGGACCUGAAUUUGUUGGCUACAGGGUGGGUGAACCCAUAAGCAAUGAGUUCAUUGCUUUCCCUAAACUUGAAUGGUUCUUCGUCAAGGAUAUGCCCAACUGGGAGGAGUGGUCUUUUUUUAAGGAAGUGGAAAAUGUUGUUGAUGAAGGAGGAGACGAUGGUGGUGAUGAGAUUCGUAACGGUGAUGCCCAAUCUAUACGAUUGCAACUGCUGCCUCGUUUGGUGAAGUUGAAAGUCGAAGGUUGCCCAAAGCUGAGUGCUCUCCCGCGACAGCUUGGCGAGGACACCGCCAGCUUAAAGGAGCUCUUGUUAAUUGGAGCGAACAGCUUGAAGGCCGUGGAUGACCUCCCAGUGCUUGAGCUCCUUGUGAUUGAGGAUUGUGAAGGCAUGGAGAAGGUCUCCAACCUCCCUGAAGUGUCAAAACUACAAGUACGUGGUUGUCCAAACUUAAGCCAUGUAGAGGGGUUGGGCAAUUUGCAGCAGCUGGGGUUGGGCGAGGAUAUGCAGGAGAUAUCUUCCCGUUGGGUGCCUGGGCUUCAAAACCAGCGCCAGCGACUUCAUGGCGAAGACCUGGAUGUCUACACACUAUCUACCGGUUAGAUGGCAAGGAAAGCACAAGGACCGGUGCCACAGCUCGCUUCGACAGGCAAAACGCACGUGACACAUACUAAGCCUGUCAAUGGAAGUGGUUGGUGGAUGGGCCAUGCUGCUAAGCUGACAGAGCUGACAGAGCUGCAGACUGAACACGGCACGACGUGUGCAUGAAUUUCGGGAGGUCAAUGAUGGGAACCUCAGCGGAGAGCAGAAAUGCAGAAGAUGACUAAGGCAGAGGCGCGCAGCCGCACUUUGAAGUAGCUGUCUGUGGAAAAAGCAUCAAGUAUGAAGGGCAAGCUCUGUUCUCUGCAACCGGAAUAUUAGAUUAUUUAGACUGCUGGCUGUGAUUAAACUGAAGCGAGGUGUGUCUUUUGUGUAGUACUAACUUUGUAUUAAAUCAGCCACACUUAUCUGGGGGCAGAGGGAAUAUUUGUUUACGCAUGGAUGGUCCCACAUGGAUGAUCCAUCUUGUGCUUAGGACAAAGGUUAAUCAACGGCUGCACUAAAAGACAAACCGCAAUCACCAUAAGUUUGUAGUGUUCUUCUUUUUUCACUGCACGCAAUUAAGUUUGUGAUC